AAAGAGUUGAAUUCAACGGAGGCAAAGAGCUGGAGGAUCGGAGGAUCCACGUGGACGAAUCAAAGAAGAGCGAAGAAGAAGAUUGCCGGUGACCGGUCAAACUCCGUCCUCCUCACUCUGUCUAUAUAAAUCCAUAAUCUCCCUACUCAAAACCUCAAGCUCCGGUUUCAAUGGCGGCCUCCACUUCCCUCUCCUUCUUCUCCUCUAUUCUCUUCCUCCUCCUCUCCACCACCAUUGCCGCCACCUCCUUCCGCCCCAAGGCUCUCCUCUUCCCCGUCACAAAAGACCCAUCUCUCCAGCACAUCAUCCAGCUCCGGCAGCGAACCCCUCUGGUUCCGGUGAAGCUGACGGUGGACCUGGGUGGUCAGUUCAUGUGGGUCGACUGUAACCGCGCCUAUAUCUCUUCCACUUAUAAGCCCGCUCGUUGCCGCUCCGCCCAAUGCUCCCUCGCUUCCAAGUCCACUUCCUGCGGUCAGUGCUUUUCGCCGCCCAGACCCGGCUGCAACAACAACACUUGCGGCCUCUUCCCCGGCAACACCAUUAUCCAUCUCUCCACCAGCGGAGAAGUCGCCUCCGACGUCGUCUCUGUUUCCUCCACCAAUGGCUUCAACCCAACCACCCCUGUCUCCGUCCCCAAAUUUCUCUUCGUCUGCGGCACCACAUUUCUCCUCGACGGCCUCGCCGGCGGCGUAACCGGAAUGGCUGGAUUCGGACGCACCGGAAUCUCUCUGCCAUCUCAAUUCGCAGCCGCCUUCAGCUUCAAUAGAAAAUUCGCCAUUUGCCUGAGCAGCUCCACCAGACUCCCCGGCGUCAUCUUCUCCGGCAACGGCCCGUAUAAUUUCCUACCCAAUAUCGAUUUAACCAAAUCCCUCACUUACACCCCACUCUUUAUCAAUCCCGUGAGCACCGCCGGCGUCUUCUCCGCCGGGGAAAAAUCCGCAGAGUAUUUCAUCGGCGUCAAAUCCAUCGUCAUCAACUCCAAAACCGUCCCACUCAACACCACCCUCCUCAAAAUCAACAGCAAGGGCAUCGGCGGCACCAAAAUCAGCACCGUGAACCCAUACACCGUCAUGGAAUCGUCGAUUUACAAGGCGGUGUUGAAAACGUUCACGACAGAGCUCCGGAAAAUUCCGAGAGUGCCGGCGGUGGCGCCGUUUGAGGCUUGUUUCAAUGCGAAUAGCUUUGGAAGUACCCGACUGGGGCCGGGGAUGCCGUCGAUCGAUUUGAUUUUACAGAACAAAAACGUGAUCUGGAGAAUCUUCGGCGCAAACUCGAUGGUGCAGGUGAAUGAGAAGGUUCUGUGCUUGGGAUUCGUGGACGGCGGCGUGGAGCCGAGAACCUCGAUCGUGAUCGGCGCGCACCAGAUUGAGGAUGCUUUGCUUGAAUUUGAUUUGGCCACUUCACGGCUUGGAUUUAUCUCCACUCUUCUAGGGCGGAUGACUACUUGUUCUAAUUUCAACUUUACUGCUAAACCUUGAUUGAUUGAUUAAUUAAUUAAUUAAUUAAUCUUGAUUG